CUGGCUGACUCAAGCGGGAAGUAUGGCGGCGAGUGACGAGCAGAUUCGCCAUCCCGGGGAGCAAAUGGAUAAUUACCAAGGUCCUGGUUUAUUAGACCUUUCUAAGCAGAAUCUCCACAAACUGGAUCCGAAGUUGUUCAGUGGAGAGACUCACACUCUUAUUCUGGACCAGAACCACAUCAUCAAGCUGGAGCACCUGGAGCGCGCUGAGGCCCUUCAGCAGCUGUCUGUGGCCUCCAACCGGCUGGUACGCAUGAUGGCCGUCUCGAAGCUCAAUAAUUUACGCGUUCUCAACCUCCCGAACAACAGCAUCGGAUACAUCGAGGGCCUGAAGGACCUGCCGCUCCUCCAGUGGCUCAAUCUGGCCGGAAACAACAUUAAGGUCAUCGAGCAGCUGCACAGCUGCGUUUCUCUUCAGCAUCUGGAUCUGUCAGACAACAACAUCUCUCACAUAGGAGACCUCACCAAGCUCUCGGCGCUGAAGACUCUUCUUCUGCAUGGAAACAUCAUCACGACUCUACGCUGCGUUCCCGCUCACCUGCCCUCGAGCCUCACGGUGCUGUCGCUGGCAGAGAACGAGAUCCGAGACCUCACUGAGGUGUCGUAUUUAGCGCCGCUACACACCCUGGAGCAGCUCUCCAUCGCCGGUAACCCGUGUGUGAUGCCCACGCCAGCUCUGCCCGCCUGUGACUACCGCCCGUACGUGGUCAGCUGGUGUCUGCAGCUGCGGGUGCUGGACGGGUUCAGCGUCUCACAGAAAGAAGGGCUGAAAGGGGAAUGGCUGUACAGUCAGGGCAAAGGUCGAGUGUUUCGGCCCGGUCAGCACGGGCUGCUGGUCCAGUACCUGUCCAACACCUGUCCCGUAACAGCCGCAUCUGCAUUACAGUCCGCGGAGGACGCCAAACUCGAGAAAAUCCUCAACAAGCAAAGACAGCAUCAGAAACAGCUGCAGAAAACACAUCUCUGCUGUUCCCAGAAUCCCUCUCGGCCCACACACCUACCCAUGCAUCUGUGCCGGGACCACAGGAGCCGAGAUGAGGAGGAGGAUGAGGAUGAUGAUGAUGUCAUUCCUCAGACAGAUGUGGUUCCAGGCGUUCAGAUGAACUCGUGGAUGUGCUCUGACUCUUCUACACCUGUCGUCUCUGCGGCCCGGCCUCCACUCGCUGAUGAGGACCGGAUGAUUGUGGAGGACGUGACGGAUGAAGAGAUGCAUCAUGGGAGUCUGCUGUCCUCUGAAUCUGCUUUCUUACCCUUUAACCCUGCGGUCCAUCAUCCAGAGUCAGCUCCUGACAGUGGGGAGGAGGAGUUUGAGGAUUCCCUGGCCCCUCCCACAUCCACUCAGCUCCACCCACCGGCUGAGGAGUCAGGGGGCGGAGCUAUCCUCGCCUCUCACACACAUGCAUCGGGUGGUUUGGAGCAGCUCAGUCACACAGACGCGCUGUUUAACGGGGAUGCCGUGUUCCAGAACGGGUCUGUGGAGGAUUGUGGGAGGACUGGGACUGGGAUGCAGUGUAACGCCGCCGUGAGGAUCCAGGCCUGGUGGAGGGGUCACCACACACGCCACUGUCACACACAGGCCAGAGAAGUGCGAGCUGAGAUACGCCUGCGCAGAAUGCAGGACCACAUCGUCCACCUGACCGCAGAACUGGACAGGGUGCGCCAGCAACAAGAAGAAGACCGACUGCAGAGACGUGUGCAAGAAGAAGCGGUGAAGUUCCUGUGGAAGCAGCUUCAGGUUGUGCUGGAGUGGCAGUCGUCUGUGAACGAGAGCUCUUCAUUCAAUCCCAGCAUUCCUGCUGUCGCUCCCGUCAGCACUGAGAUCUCCAUCCCGGAGUCCGGUUUCCAUUCCCUUGGAAAGACACAGGGAGCGCCAGACACCAGCCGGAUCUCAGCUGGACCCCCAGCGCCAGACACCAGCCGGAUCUCACCUGGAUCCUCAGUGCAGGACACCAGCCGGAUCUCAGCCGGACCCCCAGCGCCAGACACCAGCCGGAUCUCAGCCGGAUCCCCAGCGCCAGACACCAGCCGGAUCUCAGCCGGAUCCCCAGCGCCAGACACCAGCCGGAUCUCAGCCGGAUCCCCAGCGCCAGACACCAGCCGGAUCUCAGCCGGACCCCCAGCGCCAGACACCAGCCGGAUCUCAGCCGGAUCCCCAGCGCCAGACACCAGCCGGAUCUCACCUGGAUCCUCAGUGCAGGACACCAGCCGGAUCUCAGCCGGACCCCCAGCGCCAGACACCAGCCGGAUCUCAGCCGGAUCCCCAGCGCCAGACACCAGCCGGAUCUCAGCCGGAUCCCCGGUUCUCUCGCUCGGGUCGGGGGCUCUGGCCGCUGGAGACAGCCUGUUACAGCAGUAUCUGUCAUCCGUACAGCGACUGCAGGAGGAGGAGGAGGGAGACGCAACAUCUGAUCUCUCUCCUCCGGGAAAACAGGAGCGCUUGUCCUGACCGGAGCUGAGGUUCGGGCAUCACAGGACAUCAGACUGAUGACACCCCAUGCCUUCGUGGAUGAAGCUUUAGCUUUUCUUGAAGAUCAUCCCUUGAAUUCAACAGACAUGUCUUUUAUUUCCAUAUUACAUUAAUGUCAUCCGUCAAACACUCGCUGAUUGAACGAGGUUGUGUGUUUAACUCAACAAUGACUUUUAUAUGACUGGCCGCUGCUGCCUUUCUUCUCUCGAACAGUGAGAACAUGCAUUUACACAGUUGUAAUAUCACUAUAAAGCUUUCUGUCAGAAGUCAUUGAUAUCACAUAUUCACUUACCCAGAGUGCCGAGCUCUUUCAGUCCACUUACCAGUCGGCUGGUUUCCUUAUUAAACAAAGUCUGGACGACACAACCAGAAAUAGCCUUGAACUGUAGAGGAGCAUGUGGAUGUGUGGAAUAAAUGUGAAUUUAUUUGAUAGUUUGAACCUGUUGAGAGUUUAGUAGCCUUUAUCAUAAAUAUUCGUAUGUGUGCUUCUGGAUAUUUACAGUAUGUGCUGCAACAGGUGUUCUGUGUGGCGUAUGCAACAAGUGUUAAUUUAUUUGACAUUUUUAUUCUUUUUUUUUUUUUGUCACAUAUUUAACAAAACCUUUUUUAAAAUAAAGUUUUACUUUCCUUCA